CGAAUACAGGCUUUGCAGGCGCGGGCGAAAGGGGAUUGUACGACAAGUGAACUGUUCACCGAGAUACACAAAAGGAUUUUGAGAAUUGCGAUCAUGGGCAUCAAAUUGUAUUAUACAACCGUCACGGCAUCCAGGGAGGUGAAAUCCCAGCAGGCGGAGGUGAUGCGAAUCCUGGACAGCAAAAGCAUCCAGUAUGAGCUCAUCGACAUCUCAGUGGGAGGGGAGGUACGAGACGAGAUGAGGAGCAAGGCGGGAAACCCCACUGCUGUUCCACCUCAAAUCUUCAACGGAGACCAGUACUGUGGGAACCAUGAGAUGUUUUCAGAGGCAGUGGAGGAAGACACAGUGGAACAGUUUCUGAAGAUGGCAUGAAUGCCUCUUAAACCCCUGUACCCUGUCUUAUCCCCCCACCCACCCCACUCUCAUACCCCAAGGGAGGCCCGUGAAAAACCUUUUGCCCGCUGGCGGUGCCCACCCAUCUUUGUCUCAAUGCCAUGAUGAAUGCCAAAUACAUACAACCAACCAAUCAGAAGGCACACACUGAUCUGCACCCUGAAACAGUACCAUUGGACUCUAACCUAACCACUGUUAAUAUGAUUGUUAAUGUUUUGUAAGCUUUUUCUCUUUUAUUUCCUUUCCACUCUUCCCUUAUUGGUCAAUUCCUGUGUGACUGUCACUAAUGCGUUUUAGUCCGGUUGAGAUCAAUGGAGUGCCUAGACACAAGAUAAUUAGGUCAAGUUAUCUAGGUUGUGACCACAUGAUCACUGAAGAUUACGAUAAUCCAGAGGCUAACAUUCACUAAGGAUCUUCAUGAUCUUCCCUAGACCAAACAAACAGUGUUUGGUCAUCCCCAAUCUUAAUUACUGAGUUGUUUUUCUGGCCCUCAGAUUUCCAUGUUGUCAGAAUUCAUGUUUGUAAUUGACAGAACUAUGAAGGUGCAUACUAGUAUUACAAAUUAACAUUUAAACAUUUCAUUUAACUUAUAUCCUAACAUUUAAAUGAAUUGCAGGCUAUAAUUUAAACUACAGUAUUCUAGUCAUCAUUUCAUAGUUAAAUACAUGGUGCCAAUUAAUAACUGUGAGAAUAUGUUUCGAAGGUGCAUAUUGCUGGUUAUCUGAACAUAGUCUUACUAACUUACAAACACAGUGGCUGCUUUAAUGUCUUAGAUAUCAAAUAUGAUAUCACAAAUGAUUUGGCUCUCAAUUUUGGGCUUUGAUACUGAGUGAGAUGGUACAAGGUACAUUGUAUGGCUAUUCAGGUCCUAUUUCAGCAAUGUUAUAUCUACGAUACUUGUCACCAUGUGAAGAUGCAGUGACCGUGCAACCUGCUUUCUUCUCAUAAAUACGACACUGUUAUCACUAUUGUAGCGCACCUCUGAGUGGGUUAGAGACAGUGUUUUGUAUUGAAUUGAUGCAAUCUCAGCUUUAACUAACACCACAUGGGAAGAACGAAGGCUUCACCUCUGAUGGUUUUGUGUCUGCUCUGUUCUAAAUGGUUUUUGCUGUAUUGAUAGUUGCACAAAAUGAAUUCUUGCUUUCAUGUAUAGUAUGCAUCUCUGCACCUAACCCAUAUAUUUUUGUUGUCUUUAAAACCCAUUUCACCCCAGGGUUUAUUAAGUAUAUAUUUGGUCUUAAUCACAGCUAGUAUAUUAUCCAGUCACUAGUUUCAUGUGUAAUAUAUCUGAAUAUCUCUACUCAGCGAUGGCACCCUUCACAGACAAUGUUUGUGCACUGUAUUGUCGGUUAAUGGUAGUAGACGUUUUGCCUGUUAUUGAUGUGUAAGAGACUCAUAUCAACAUUAUUUUUGGACAUUCCAUGUCUCUCUUUGAGCUUCUGCUUUGCGUUUGGACCAAUGCCUCUUUGGCCAAAAAAUGAAAAAUAAGGAUGAUAUGCCGUUGUCUUCCAAGAAGAUUGUGAAAAGUGAUUUAUGGAUCAAAUAAAAUUAAUGAACAAAA